AUGAAUGUGGAUACUGAAAUGAAAGCUCUUGAUGAGUACCUCAGAUUCGGUGAUAUUGAGAACCGAAUUAAAGAAACUCAAUUAAAACGAGAGGAAGUAAAAUUGGAUGAAUUAUUAAAAGAAAGAGACGCUUUAAAAAUAAAUAAAGCAAAUAAUUAUGACAGUGAAAUUUAUAAGGAGCCAUUAAAAAGCGAAGAAUCCACGUUGACAAUUAACUCUGAUUUGAAAAGAUCCCUGUCAAGUCCAAAUCUUGCGCAGUUUGAAAAUUUGAAAAUACCGACGUUUGAUCGUUCGUCUAAGCCAACAGACUUGCGUAAAAAUGAUUAUGGCAAUAGUCAUAGUAAUAGAUCUGUCGAUGAUUCCAAUUUGUCUCAUAUAAAACCUGUCUUUAUGGAUGGUGUGCAACAAGGUACAACUGGUCUAAAAAAUCUUGGUAACUCGUGUUACAUGAGUUCAAUUAUACAGUGCUUGAGUAACACACCGAUGCUGUCCAACUAUUUUCGCAACAAUAGUUAUGAAGACGAUCUCCAUCGCAAUGGAAAUUAUGGGAAAAACAGUAAAUUAGUCACUGCUUUUGCCCAAGUUAUUAAAUCGCUCUGGACUAGUACUAUACGUCAUAUUUCACCAAUUGAGCUUAAGUCAACAUUAGGAAGUCUCAGUAAUGAAUUUGGAACCAAUGAGCAGCAAGAUUCACAUGAAUUUUUAAUUCUUCUAUUAGAGUGGAUGCACUUGGCUUUAAGAACGGAUGACAAAAAAAUACCUCGAGACACUCAAAUGACUGAAGCAGAAAAACAAUACGAACAAUCUUUGGAGGGUAAAAGAUCAGUUCUGACAGAACUGUUCAAUGGACAAUCUUGUUCCACAUGUACAUGCAUGCAUUGCGGAUUUAAAAGUAUUACUUAUGAAACAUUCAACAGUUUAACUUUAUCAGUGCCUGAAAAUACACCAUGUUCCUUAUCUGAUUGUCUGGAUCAAUAUUUAAGUGUGCAAAUUAUACUGGAAUGGAAAUGCCCGAAAUGUAAAGUACCGCGGCGAGCUACAAAAAAAUGUGAUUUUGUGCGGCUGCCACCGAUUAUUAUCAUUCAUCUGAACCGGUUCAGUGGAACAGAUGGAAUAAUGUCAAAGAAAAAUACUAGUGUUAAAUGUCCGCUCAACAAUUUAAACUUGCGACAUUAUAUUCCAAAUAAUAGUAACCAAAAUUAUAAUUAUAAUAUGUAUGGUCUUUCUUAUCAUGUUGGAGGUAUCCAUGGGGGUCACUACACGGCAUAUUGUAAAAAUGUACAGAUUCAAAAAUGGUUCAAGUAUGAUGAUGACCGUGUGACGCCAGUGAGUGAAUCCGAUGUGAAGAACAUAAGUUCCAACGCAUAUUUAUUGUUCUAUUCAGCAAUGCACGAUCAAUAGAUCAAUAUUUUUAAAUAAUUGUAUAAUUAUUUAAUUAAAAUAAUUUAUUACGUGACAAUUAUAAAAAAAUUAUGGCUUAAAAUAUUCCAUUA